AUGUGGCGAACUAAAUAUAAAGAAAAUGAUCAUUUUAAAUAUCAGGAAAUGGGAGAAGAAGGAGAAGUACAAGCACUUGUCGUAGACAAUGGAUCUGGUAUGUGCAAGGCCGGUUUUGCUGGUGAUGACGCCCCAAGAGCUGUCUUCCCAUCAAUUGUUGGCAGACCAAAACAAGUCUCAGUCAUGGCUGGUAUGGGCAACAAGGACACCUAUGUUGGAGAUGAAGCCCAAUCAAAGAGAGGUAUUUUGACUUUGAAAUACCCAAUUGAGCACGGUAUUGUCAACAACUGGGACGAUAUGGAGAAGAUCUGGCACCACACUUUCUACAACGAGCUCAGAAUUGCACCAGAAGAGCACCCAGUCCUUUUGACUGAAGCCCCAAUGAACCCAAAGGCUAACAGAGAAAAGAUGACACAAAUCAUGUUCGAGACUUUCAACGUCCCAGCCAUGUACGUUGGAAUUCAAGCUGUCCUUUCAUUGUAUGCCUCUGGUAGAACCACUGGUAUUGUCAUGGAUUCUGGUGAUGGUGUUUCUCACUGUGUCCCAAUCUAUGAAGGUUUCUCACUCCCACACGCCAUCCUCAGAAUUGAUCUUGCUGGUCGUGAUCUCACUGACUACCUCAUGAAGAUCUUGACUGAAAGAGGUUAUGCUUUCACCACAACUGCUGAAAGAGAGAUUGUCAGAGACAUCAAAGAGAAGCUCUGCUAUGUUGCUCUUGACUUCAACGAAGAGAUGCAAAAGGCUGCCUCAUCAUCAGAACUCGAGAAAUCAUACGAACUUCCAGAUGGUCAAGUCAUCACCAUCGGAAACGAGAGAUUCAGAUGCCCAGAAGCACUCUUCCAGCCAUCAUUCCUUGGUAUGGAAGCAUCAGGUAUCCACGAGACCACUUACAACUCAAUCAUGAAGUGUGAUGUCGAUAUCAGAAAGGACUUGUACGGAAACAUCGUCUUGUCUGGUGGAACCUCUAUGUACCCAGGCAUCAACGACAGACUUGAGAAGGAGAUGGUUGCCCUUGCGCCACCAACAAUGAAGAUCAAGGUCAUUGCACCACCAGAGAGAAAGUACUCUGUCUGGAUUGGAGGCUCAAUUCUUGCCUCAUUGUCCACUUUCCAAAACAUGUGGAUCACCAAGGAAGAGUACGACGAGUCUGGACCAGCCAUCGUCCACAGAAAGUGCUUCUAA